AUGUUUGUAUACAGGGAAGGCCCUACGCACGAGCGAGCGAAGUCCGUGGAAAAGCUCCAGGGCGCGUCGGUCCUAGAAAAUGAAGACCUAGACUGGUCUACCAUGACGGCUGUGUUGUCGAGGCAAUCCACGGACUGUGCUCAGCUUGCACCGGACAGCAGCAGGCAGUUGCUCGGCUAUAGAGGCGACUCAUGGCCGAUGAGAGACGGCGUGAACGUUGCGCGACCGCCGCCUAGUGAAGACCUGCUCGGUGCAACAGGUGAUAUGAGGCCGAGGAAUAGUGGAGACAGACCCGGUGGCGAGGGCGACUCAAGGGCGAGAGACGACGGGGAAGUGCUCGGGAGUAGUGAUGGACCCUGGCCGAGGAGAACCACAUGUGAACUGCUGCUGAACAGUUCCAUUAUGCUGGGGAGGGAGUUCUGUUACGCGGUAGAGGCUGCCCUGGUGACCCCGAUCCUCCUGACCAUCGGGCUGCCCAAGGACCUGUACUCGGUGGUGUGGAUCAUCAGCCCCGUACUGGGCUUCCUGCUCCAGCCGGUACUCGGGUCGUGCAGUGACCGUUGCCGGAGCUGGCUGGGCCGACGUCGUCCCUUCAUCCUGGGGUUCUCUGUCACCAUCCUGCUCGGUUUCCUGCUCUUCCUGUUCGGGGACGCCAUUAUGGACGCCGCCAUGCCUAAUGACAACACGACCUGGACCAUCGUCGUGACCAUGGCGGGCAUCGUGCUCUUCGACUUCAGUGCAGACUUCAUCGAAACACCCAUCCGAGCCUACCUAUUGGACACCUGCGGACCACGUGACCGGGAAAACGGGCUGAAGAUGCAGGGAGUUUUUGCAGGUAUCGGAGGCUUUCUGGGCUACUCGUUUAGCGGAAUAGACUGGGAAGACACCUUCCUAGGGAGGAUGCUGGGCUCCGAGUACCACGUCAUCUUCGUGUUCGCCGCCACCUCCUUCGUCAUCACCGCUUUCAUGAACCUGUCGAGCAUUCCCGAAGACACCUUCCGGAAACACCCGACGACCGCCGAAACGGUACGACGAGUGGGGGAUAAACUUGAGAACGAGAAAACGGGAACGAGAGCAAGGAGUAAGCCCAAACACGGUAAGGUGGUCACGCUCAUUCUCGGGUACGAGAGCAACGGAGAGGUCGUCAUGGAGCCGAGGUACGUCAGCGGGUACGGCGCGACGCACGACACGCGGUUCCCGCCAAAUCAGACGACACAUGACGUCAUGACGGGAACGGACGGCGGGAUCACCUUCGCCAUCUUGGAUCCGGUGUCGCACGCAGACCGGGCCCCCUUGCCUUUCCGGCAGCACGACCGAACCUACCCCAUUCUGAACACCCGUAACGUAUUGCACGAUACACCGGGCGAAAACACUCCCUACGAUCGCGACCAAUCUCUCCUCGAAACGUCCUCCUCCAUGGGUUCGAGUGAGACCCUGUUGGACGUGGACGAUGCCCUUGAGGAAAUUUCCGCGGGAGAGACGAGACGUUCCGCAGAGUUGCCGGGGAAACUCACCAUGGCAACGCUGGUUCGAAGCGUGGUGCGCAUGCCCGGGGAGCUAUUGCGCCUGUGCGUGGCGCAUCUCCUGGGCUGGAUGGCGUUCCUGUGUAUCGUGCUGUUCUACACAGACUUCAUGGGACGGGCCGUGUACCACGGGAACCCACAUGCGGACAGGGGCAGCCGCUCCUACAGACGGUACGAGGAGGGGGUGGAGAUGGGCAGCUGGGGCCUGGCUAUCAACGCGCUGUCAUGCGCACUGUACUCAGUUGCCCUCCGCCAUCUUACGAAAGUUCUGAGCCUGCGCACUAUCUACCUCAUGGGCUAUCUCAUUUUCUCGGCGGGGGUGGGUAUCAUGGCGAUCCUGCCGGGCCGUGUGCCGAGCCACCACGCCACGCUGCCGCUGUGUGCCGUGCUGGGGAUCAUGUACGCUACACUGUGCACCGUACCGUACACACUCGUCUCACAGUACGCACAGGCCAGGCAGAAUGCUGAUGGGGACGUCGACGGAACCCGGGGCAUGGGGAUCGACGUUGCCAUGGUGACGUCCAUGAUACAGCUGGCGCAGAUCGUGGUCGGGGCGUUGCUAGGCGUGGUCGUCAGUGCUCUUGGCAACGUGGUGGCCGUCCCCGUCUGCGCAAGCACGCUGGGCUGCCUGGGCUGCAUCGUGGUCGCCAUGUUUGUCAAGUACGACACGUGACCUUCACAUGACCUUCAAAAUGACAUUAGGCGUCCUUCAAAAUGAAACUGGUGGAAGAAGGAAGCGGAAAG